AUGCUAAAAAAUGAAGAAGAAAAUUUAUAUAAUAUGUCGAAUUCGGACAAAGAAUUAGCACGAUUAAUUGAACCGGGAGACACCGCAGAAAAAUUUUUAACAAUUGUAUCUAAUGUAGUGAAUAUUAUUGAAGUAAUCAUAGUGUUAUAUAAGUCAACAGAAUACAACGAGCAUGUUAGUAAUGCGGUAAUUCGUAGAAUAACAGAAGUUAUAAAAGUUAUUCGUUCAUUAAAAAGGUGUAAUGAUGAAUAUAGUGAAUUUCUGAAUUAUCAAAGUUUUGAGACUAUACAUAUAUUUUUCUUUGAUAUUCAAAAAAUGAUAAAAUUCAUUAAUGAAGAGAUGUUAUUAAAAAUAUCAUUAAAGUAUAUUCAAACAAAAUAUAUAUUUAAAGAGUUGAUGACAGAAUUUGAAAGUUUUGUGAAUUUUACAAUUAAUACGAAAACUCUUUCAAAGAAAAAAAGAAACAAGAAAACUAAUUAUAAGAAAUAUUUUAGAGAUAUUAAUGAGUGCCAUAAUUUAUCUAGCAGUAUUGUUUACCCAAUUGAAAGAGAUGAGGCUAAUCAAUUAUUCGGUGUUUUUUUAGUAAUGGCAAAACUUUUAGAAAAACAAACUAAACCUACUUCAAAAGAUAAAUUAAUAAUUCCUGUAACAAAAAAUAUUAAAAAAAUUCCAUCACGAGAUGAUGGACGAAAUGAACCAAAAAUUAUAAUUUUUACAUCAUUAAAUAAUAAAAAUUUUGGAAAACUAACAAUAGAUUCAAUUAAUGAAAACAUUGUUAAUAUCCAUAAUGAUAUAAUAGCUAUAGAACGAGGAUCAGCUUUUAAAGAAUUCAUAUCAGUCAUUGCAUUUAUUGAUACUGAUAUAAUAAUAUAA